AUGAAUGUCAUUGGCCGUAAGUGGGUUUUUCGUACCAAGAGGAAGGCAGAUGGCUCGAUUGAGAGGCACAAGGCCAGGUUAGUGGCUAAGGGGUUUAACCAGGUUGCUUCUAGGUUGCUUCUAUCCCUUGCUCUGUCCUCUGGCUGGUCGGUGAGGCAGCUGGAUGCUCACAAUGCAUUCUUGAAUGGCAAAUUGAGUGAGACUGUUUAUAUGCGUCAGCUACCAGGCUCCGAGAGCUUGUAUGGUUUAAAACAGGCUCCGAGAGCUUGGUUCAAUCAUGCUUUGCUCUCCAAGUUAUCUUGUGCAUUCAAAAUUCGUGAUCUUGGAGAGCCUGAUUUUUUUCUUGGGAUUGAGACUAUCAAGUGUACUGAUGGUCUUAUGCUUUCACAGCGGAGGUAUAUGACUAACAUUCUCAAACGUGCUGAUAUGAUAGACUGCAAGCCUCUUGCUACUCCUCUGUCUGUUUUAGCAUCCUCCUCUGUUAGUACAGACUUGUAUGAUGAUCCUACUCGGUAUAGGAGUCUGGUUGGUGCGUUGCAAUACUUGACCGUCACGAGGCCUGACUUAUCCUUUGUAGUUAAUCUUCUUUGCCAGCACAUGCAUGCUCCCACUACCACACACUGGGAACACUUGAAACGUGUGUUACGGUACGUCAAUGACACUCUUUCUAUGGGCCUGCGACUGCGAAAAUCUACUUCAACUGAGAUGCAUGCGUUUUCUGAUUCUGACUGGGCUGGCUGUCCUGAGGACAGGAAGUCCACUAGUGGUUAUGCUGUAUUCCUUGGUACCAAUCUCGUGUCCUGGGUAUGCAAGAAACAGAGAACAGUUGCUAGGUCCUCUAUUGAGGCUGAGGCUGAGUAUAAAGCUCUAGCUGAUGUCUGUGCUGAGGUGGUCUGGAUUCUCUCCCUGCUGCGUGAGAUAGGUGCACCCAGUAUUCCGGUUCCCAAGCUUUGGUGUGACAACCUUGGUGCUACCUAA